AUGAGGAAAGUUGUUGUAAGAGAGUUUUGUGAAAUUAUAGAAGAUCCCAUUUCCCUGACUGCUUCUGAAAACAAAAUCGUGCAACAUGCUGACUUGCCCACGGUGAAAGAUGAGCUUUCAGUGACUCUACAUCUGAAAGUUAAAAGUAUUAAUUCUAGUUGGGCCUGCAUCUUUCUUAAAGGCACUGAACAUUUCAUCCGUACUCCUUCACUCUGGUUGUUGCCAAACAGAACUACAAUGCAUCCCCGUUUUUCAGGUAACUGGAAUCAUGAUGCUGGAAUUGGCGAGACCGAUACUCAGCUUUCGUUGAAUAAAUGGCACCAUAUAAGUUACACCCUUUCUGAUUCUGAAAAGAGAUUAGACCUCUACAUAGAUUGUUUAUGGGUUGGAUACUAUGUCAUCCAGAAUGUUCAAACACAAAAGGUUGUGUUCAAUACUGGACCACUGCAUAUUGGGAUAGCAUAUGAUGGCAAGCUUACUGGUAUUACUGGUGAAAUUAGCAAUUUUCGAUAUUUUAACUGGCGUCUUACUGCUGAAGAGGUGGAGAAAAACUUUUUGGUAGGAUGCUUUUAG